AUGGCGCCGCCGCCGCCGCCGCCGGCGAAAUGCCCGACCACCGUGCUCGAUCUCGACGAUGACCUUCUCCGCGAGGUGUUCCUCCGCCUCCCCGGCCUCCCUAGCCUCGUCCGGGCCGCCCUCUCCUGCCGCACCUUCCUCUCCGCGGUCCGUUCCUCCCCGGCCUUCUUCCGCAGCUUCCGGGCUCUCCACCCGUCUCCCUUCGUCGGCCUCUUCGUCCAGCGCAGAGGCUUCAAGCCCGAGCCCUCCUCUUUCGACCCCCACCACACCCGCCCUGAUCUCGACUUCGAGGCCGCUGCCCGCGGCGGCGAUUUCUCCCUCACCGCCCUCCCACUCCCAGACGCCGACGGCAGCGAAGACGGCGAUGAGGAGGAGGAGUACGAGGAAGAAGAAGAAGACGACGACGAGGAGGAGGCCUCGCCCGUGUGGGAGAUUGAGCGGUGCUGCGACGGCUACGUGGUUGUCUGCAACCGGAGGGCCAAGCAGAUAGCUGCCUACAACCCUCUCACCCGGGCGCUGCAUCUCUAUCCCCCGCCGCCCCGCCUUUUCUCCGACGCCACUAACUUCGAGUUCCACAUUAUCUCCUCCCAAGAGGACCCCGGCGUGCCACCCCGCGUGGUGUGUUUCGCUUUCGACUUCUUUGAGUUCUUUCAGGCCAAGGCGGUCGUCCACAUCAUCUCGCCGGACAGCAGCAUCAAGUCCAAGUGCCGCAAGUUCCCUGGCACCGGGAGCGGGGUCACCGGCAAGAUGGUGAAUGGGUUUGUCUAUUGGACGCACGUGAGGGAACCCUACAUCACCGUGCUCGACACCGCGACGCUGAAGUUCACCAAAAUGGAUCUGCCGCCGCUCUUGGCGGAUCAGGAAGGCCGUGAGUGUGCUUUUGUGUUUGGCAAUACCAAGGAUGGGAGGCCCUGUAUCGUUUAUCCAGAUUUUUGCUUGCUUGAUGUUUUCUUUUGGAGACGCGAGGACGAGUAUUAUGAUGACGGUCGCAAUUACUGGAUGCUGGACCACACAUUACCCCUGAAAACGAUUCGCCAGUUCGUUAAGUUCUCAGAAGGAGAUGAUGAAUUUAUCAUUGUGCGGCUUAUGGAUGUUAUCGAUGGAAUCGUGUACCUGCGUACUGAGUAUGACGGGUGUACCGAGGCUCCUCAGUUGUUGCUAUCCUUUUGUCUCGAAACAGGGGAGCUGAAAUUGAUCUGUGAAGAUUAUCACAAGCCUGUCCUUCCCUACAUCAUGGCGUGGCCUCCUUCUUUGGUACAAAAUGAUAAGGGUCCCUGUUCAAAAGAUGAAGCUUUGUCUACUCCAGGACCUGAAGGAAGUGAUGUGAAGGCCGGGGGUGGCCCAACAGAGCCUGCAUCUGUUGCCAAAGCAUAA